AGCCUCACAGAAAAAGGGCUGACCAGCUCACUGAGUGUUUUCUCUUCUCCAUAUUCCGUACUUUCUUUUCCUCAGCUCAUGCUGCGUUUCCAGCGUUUCCUCAGCAUGUUUUGGAAUUGGCAGCCGAGGCGUGAUAGAGCUCCAGCAUCACCGUAGGGCUCUCAGAAGGGGACUGUUGAACUUGACGGAUCACAGUGAGAAGGGGAAUCAGACGGAAGAUUCAGAGUCAGAGGCAGCUACAACCACCUCCAAACAAAGGAUUUAAGCUGCCAGGGAACACCUUCAACCCUUAGCCUUCCUAUUGCUUUGGUAAUACAUAAAAAAACCUUGAAUGCAACUUCUUCUACUGCUGUCCAAUGACUGUUAUGUCCAGCCAACGAAACAUGGCUACAAAUUCGUCAAUUGACCACUGCAAUGUGCCCAAUAAUGCCACAUACCAAACCCUCUCCUGGGUGAUGAUGGGAGAGUUCGUGCUGGGUCUGCCUCUCAACCUGUCGGUCCUCUACAUCUUCAUCUUCAGGUUCAAGUUCUGGAAGAACAAAAGUAUCUUCCUGUUCAAUAUUGUGGUUGCUGACUUCUUGCUGGUGGCCUGUCUUCCUGCCAAGGCCUACCAUUACCAUAAGCACGAGAGACACAACCAAGAUAAAGUGGUGUGUAAGACGAUGUUCUUCAUGCUGUUUUUAAACCGAGGAGCCACUAUCGCCUUUCUCAUCACCGUGUCUAUCGACCGCUACUUCAACGUGGUGCAUCUUGGAAGGAAGAAUUUUGUCAAAGUGCUGAAGAAAUCUCCUCAAAUCUCCAUCUUGAUCUGGCUGCUCUUGCUGCCCCUCACCAUCCCCACUAUGGUCAAUACCUUUGAGUGCUGCAACAGCCACGGCCGCGAAGUCGAGACUUUUCUUCACGAUGUGACUGACACCUUCAGAGAGAUCGUCUGCUUCACCCAGAUCAUCAUCCCCUUCAUCAUCCUUGUCUACUGCACGGUGCGCAUAGUCAACCGGCUGAGGAGGAAAACGGUCGGGGAAAAGACCAAACUGAGGAGAGCCGUGUUCGUUGUCUUGUCCGUUGUGGUCGUCUUCUCCGUCUGCUUCCUGCCCAGCACUAUAGCGAGAGCGGUGCUGCUGGGCGUCAGGCUGCGAAAAUGGCAGGCUGCAGAGGACGUUGUGGUCCAGGUCUACGACGGCCUCAUGGUUUUGUCUUACGCCGACUGCCUGCUGGACCCGCUGGUUUACUGCUUCUGUAACUCGGGGUUUAAAGAUGCCUACGUAGCCACCUUCUGUCCGACGUUUCUUCAGACGAGAUGGCCAAAUUCCGACUGUGGCACGGUAACAACAACUACUACAACGUAUACAAAUCAAAAUCCUGGAACUAAAACUGUUUCUUUUCAGGUACUGGAGAAAUUAUAAUUUUUUUCUUCUUUUAUAAUGAGAACUAUCUCUGAGGGCGUUUACUCACCAUUAUGACUGAAAACGCAGAAGAGGCGGAUGCUGCCCGACAUCACAUUCUUUUGGAGCUAAAGAGACUUACCUUUUCAACAUUUAAAGUACUAAUCAUUUCUUUCUGCAUUUUUUUCCACUGUAAAUUCUAUACCGAUAUAUAUGCCCAAUAAUGUGUCAUAUGAAACUUAUUAGUUCAUGUUUACUGCUUUUAAUUGUUCACUGUAAAUAAAUCACCAAAGAAUAGGUGCAAGUGAAUAGAGUAUUUAGCGAAGAAGUAGUCAAGGAGGUGUCAGUCAAGCACAGUCUGUACAUACAGUCCAGUGAAACGGGUUCUUUAGCCACAACACCUGUGUGGGUGUACAGGGAGUUAAAGUGAAUUAACAGGCUUGUGUAUAGCAUUGAGAUACUGUCUGACUUGUCCACUCAUAUGGAUUCAUAUUGUAUAUAUUUGUAUAUUAUUAUUUACUUUAAAAUGUGCUGUAGGUAGGAUUGUGAAGAUCCAGGACUUAGCCAAAAAAUGUGAAAGUCGACAACUUCUCAGUCCCUCCCCCCUUUCCACUAAAGCCCAAAACGGUCGGUUGCAUUUUACGGCAUAUGACGGUCCCUGCAAUAACUACAAAGUACUCAGCAGUAUAGUAGUAUGGACUAAACAUGCUGUAAAGAAACUUGUUAAAGGUCCUAUAUUGUAAAAAAACAAACAAACAAAAAACAAAAAAACAAAAACAAACAAGCAGUCAGGAUUUCCGUGUGGUUGUGAUGUCACAACUAUAAUAUAUUAAAGGUAAUAAGUGCCGCUACAGUGCUGUUACAGACAUUCCCCGGCUGCAAUGAUGGUGCAGAGACGCCAAAAGUGCAGAGGCAAAAGUCUCAGAUAUGCUCAGGGGGGUUUAAAGAGGGCUAAACGGAGCAUUUCAGACAGAGGGUGAAUACAGGUAUAUUCAGACAGACAGUAUGAAAAGAAAUGUGUUUUUUAACAAUGAAGUACGUAAACAUGUUCUAGAAGAAACCCAAAAUGCAGAAAAUGAGCAUGAUAUGGGAUCUUGUUGUACUGUAUGUUUACCCUGUUUUGCAGUGUUUGCAGAAGAAUUUUCAUUCAUCACUCACCACUUUAUAUCUCCGUGUUCAUCAUCAGUACCUCAAAUCAGUUGUACCUGUCCUCAUUGGGGUUUACCCUCAGUGCAACAUAUUGUCAACUCCACCACGUUUUCUAACAUUACUCAAGUAUGUACAUAAACAGUUCAAUAUCUCACAAUUGUUCCUUUUGAAAUUAAUUUUCUUCUGUGGCUGCAUUUACACACCACAUUUACAACGGAUGUGUAAAAAAUGAUUCAUGUUGUUGCCUUUUUUAUAAAUCAGAGUAAACUGGCCUGUCUACGUUUCUACAUUAUGUUCACCACAACAACCAUGUCAAACCUGAGUGGACUGCAGAAACCUGGAAGGCUAAUUUAAACUUUCCUCAUUCACACUGUAAAUAAUUUUGUUAUGUUGAUAAUCAAAAUUGAAUUAUUUGUAUAAAAUUGGGAUACUGGCUGAAGAUCUUUGUAUACUGCUGCUGUAAAUAAACAGAAUACAGCUUC